UUUUGAUAUGAAUGGUUGGUCAGUCCCUAGGAAUGGAAAACCAAACCACUGUGACUGAGUUUAUUCUCUUAGGACUUUCCAGUGACCCGCAACUCCAAAUGUUACUGUUCUUUGUGUUUUUGGUGAUAUACCUAAUCACCCUAGCAGGGAACACAGUCAUAAUGUUGGUGAUACAAGCUGAUUCUCACCUUCAUACCCCCAUGUAUUUCUUCCUGUUUCACCUAUCCUUUGUUGACCUCUGCUAUUCCUCAGCCAUUGUCCCUAAGAUGCUGGUGAAUUUACUAGCAAGGCAUAAAACUAUUUCUGUCAAUGCUUGCUUUACCCAGACAUUUUUCAUAUUUCUCUCAGCUAGUUGUGAAGCAUUCAUGCUCUCUGUAAUGGCUUAUGACCGCUAUGCUGCCAUAUUUGAUCCCCUGCAUUACGCGGGGACUAUGAAUAAAAGAGUGUGCAGACAGCUAGUGGGAGGAUCUUGGACAAUGGGCCUUAUGUAUUCACUGGUCAACACAGUUCCUGUAUUAAACUUGAACUUCUGUGGGCCCAAUGAAAUUGGGCAUUUUAGCUGUGAGCUUCCCCCACUCCUAACUCUGUCCUGCACUGAGACACUCGUCAACAAAAUGACUCUUCUUUCUUCAAUUGCUGUCCUUGCUGUCAUCAAUAUCCUCCUUGUCUUGAUUUCCUACAUCCAAAUCAUCUCCACCAUCUUGAGGAUACGCUCUGCAGAGGGUAGACAUAAAGCUUUUUCCACCUGCAGCUCCCACCUCAUUGUGGUGGGUUUAUUAUAUACAACAGCUCUUUUUCAGUACAUGAAACCCAGCUCCAUUUCUUCAGUGAUCCUGGAUCAAGUUGCUUCCAUCCAGUAUAGCAUCUUUACUCCUAUGCUGAACCCUAUCAUCUACUGUCUAAAAAAUAAAGAAGUGAAAAUAGCCUUGGGAAGAAUUUUGAAAAAAACAAAGAAAUCAAAGUCCCAACUCAUGUAA